UAGAAACAAAUCUGCUUAGCGAACACAAACAAGAGGAGCGCUUGGUCAAACACUGACCUGCCUGGACAUCUGGGGUCAAUCAAAACUAUGGGCAAAAAGCAUAAAAAGCACAAAUCCGAGAAACACGCAUACGACGGUUACGUGGAGAGACCUCUGAGACUCGUGUUGAAGGUGGCGGGGAAUGAAGUUACCACAGGAGGCUCUAGUCUGGAGCACAUUUAUGACGAGCAGGUAGAUCACGAUAAACACAAGGACAAGAAAAAGAAGAAGAAAAAGAAAGACGAAAGGGAUAAGGAUAGCCCGCCGCUCUCACCGGGGGACGACAGGAAAAGGAAAAAGAUGACAAAAAAGAGGAAAGGCCAGGAAAUACUGGAUAUGGAGUGGGAUGAGCGCAGCAGAACUCCAGCCCGGUCCGAUAUAUCCCAGGAUAAACCCCUCACUCCCUCACUGGCUAAAACAGAAGAAAAAGAACAGACUCCACUACAGGAGGCACUGAGCCAGCUGAUCAGGCAAUUACAGAGAAAAGACCCCACUGCGUUCUUCUCAUUCCCUGUCACUGACCUCAUCGCUCCUGGAUACUCUCUGAUCAUAAAGAGGCCCAUGGAUUUCAGCACCAUGAAAGAGAAGGUGAAGAGAGAGUGCUACCAGUCCCUGGAGGAGCUCAAGACGGAUUUCAAGAUCAUGUGCGGGAAUGCUAUGAUUUACAACAAGCCAGACACAAUUUACUACAAGGCAGCCAAGAAACUCCUCCACUCUGGGUUGAAGAUACUGAGCCCGGAGAGGCUUGAGAGCCUGAAGCAGAGUAUUGAAUUUAUGGCAGACCUGAAGACACCUAGUAGCAGGGCAGUAGAGGAAGGGGCAGAAGAGGGCUUGGCGGGUGACCCCACCAAAGAGGGGUCGUCGCCGAUGGAUACCAGUGACAACUCUCAGUCGCCUAGAGUGACCAACAGAGACACUCCCAGCAAGGACUGCAAAGAGGAAACCCAGAGGAGCGUGAACCAGGCUGAGCGAGAUCUGGAGGAGAUUAAGAAGAUCAUUGAGGAGUCUGGGGGCAAACUCUCCAGCAGGGGCUUGCAGUGUGAGCUGGACUUUGACCGGAGGAAGACUGAUGGUACAACCACCCUGGCCAUCCUGAACCCAGCUGAGCUCAGUGCCGGAGAUCCAGGGUACUGCUCAGUGAAGCUGGGCAUGCUGGGUAGCAGGCUGCAGACAGGUGUAAACACCCUGCAGGGUUUCAAGGAGGACAAGAGAAACAGAGUCACACCAGUGAUGUAUAUGAACUACGGGCCCUUCAGCUCCUUUGCCCCGGCCUACGACUCCAGCUUUGCCAACAUCAGCAAAGAGGAUUCAGACCUCAUCUACUCCUUCUAUGGAGAUGAGACCAGCCUGCAGGGCUCAGACAGUACUGCAGAUUUCCUGGCCAGGUCUGAAGAGCACAUGAACAGAAUGGCUGACAACAUUUUGGACGUGCUGACCAACGGAGAGCACUACAAACAGCUGAAGGAGGACAAGACAGCCCAGGAACGGGAGGAGCCAGUGAAGAACAUUGCUGAUGCUGAGGUGGUUGGGUCGGACUCCAGCUGCGGGAACGCCGGGUCGGCUCCCACUUCUAUGACGGUUUUAGGUCUCAACCUCCCGGCCGAGAGCUUCAGUUCAGAGGAAGCGGAACAGUUUCAGAAGAAGCUGGACGAGACCACCAUGCUGCUCCGGAGCCUGCAGGAAGCUCAGAGAGAGAGGCUGAGUGCCAAACAGCCCCCUAACACGAUCUGUCUGCUUGCUCCUACUGCCAGAGAGCUGCAGCUAGCGGAGAAGGUGACAGAGAACCUGGCCCAGCUGACCAGCCAGGUGGCUCCAGGCGAUGUGAGCAGUGUGUAUGGCAUUAGGAAGGCCAUGGGCAUCUCCUUGCCUGCUGAGCCCAUGGAACACACACUCACACACCUGACCACAGCUCAUGCUGUUGGUUACCAUUCCUGUGCUAAUUCUGCGGGUUCCUCCUGGUGUCCAGUGUCUGCUGUGGGAACGGAUCUGCUAGAUGAAGCAUGCACGUUCUCUACUGACGUCCCAGCCGUCGCUGUCUAGCAGUGCCAACAGUCCCAACCCCUGCUCUGUACCAAUGGUGCUUUCUUUCUGUUUUUUUUUAUGCAUUUGACUUAAUAAACAUGGUGUUUUUUCAGUA